AUUAGAAGAAGACAGUUCUGUCAGUGGAACGUGCAAUUGCCAUCCUCGUUUGUAGCUGAAGCUGCCGUCACUAGUCGGUCAUCGAAUUAAUACAUUUCGCUUGUUCCGGCUUUAAUCCCUUUGUCUCUGCCUGCUGCCUUGUGUGAUCAGAGACAUCGGCGUCAGGGACCUUGUCCAAUCAGAGACCUUCUGUGAUCAGGUCGUUACUGAAUUCGCUGAAUCCUUGUAAAACUACUCCUCUUAGUACGACGUCGCGGCGCAAUCAGGGAGACAGAACGUUUCUCUAUCUGAUUUUAUUGUUAGGGUUUCCAUCCACCCUCCCAUUCGGCGGAUCCACACAAGGCAACAGGGUCUACACGGGAUCUCGAUCCCUAGCUUCUUGGCACUUCAAGACUAGCGUCGCUUUCGCAAUGGUUCCGCACGACGACGUCUCUCUGUCGUUCGAUACGAAUCCCAAUCUCACCUUCCCGCAGCAUCGACGGCCACAAGGAGCCCAUCCGCAGCAGCCCAUGCAGUUCCCGCCUCAGCCAGGAAUGGGUCCAGGUCCGGGUCUAGGUUCGGGUCCGGGCUUCGGCCCGGGCCUCGGUUCGGGUCCAGGUUCGGGAUUUGGUCCGGGAGCUGGUGCUGCACCAGGCGGCAACAUGGCGUUCAUGUCCUUCGAUAUGAGCAAGCCCAGUGCCCUGGCGCCCCCGCCUCAAGCGGGCCCUCGGUUCGGAGGCCAGUCGCAGUACGACGGGUCUGGCGGGCUGUUCGGACAGAACUCGUUUGAAGACGAACUGCCUCUGCUUGAAGAGCUGGGAAUCAACAUCCCUCAGAUCCUAAGGAAGACAGCUUCUGCGCUGAACCCCAUCCGCAUCAACAUCGAUCUCUACGACGAUGGCGACCUCUCCGGCCCUCUCAUCUUCUGCAUGCUCUUUGGCCUCUGCCAGCUCAUGCACGCCAAGGUGCACUUUGGAGUCGUGCUGGGCUGGUCCGUGGUGGCAUCGACUUUCAUCUACACCGUCUUCAACCUUCUCGUGGGAGCGAGAUCGUCGCAGGCGGGGCUAGACUUGUACCGCUGCUGCUCCAUCUUUGGCUAUGGGCUGCUACCAAUGGUGCUCUACUCCGCCGUCUCGAUCUUCUUCCCUCGUCGGGGUGUGCUGACAGCAAUAGCAGCAGUGGUGGCUAUUGUGUGGUGUACCCGGACAGCUGCAUCUCUCUUGGUGGCAAUCGUUCCUCAAGCUGACGAUGUGCGGGCGCUCAUUGCAUUCAUGUGCAUCGUAACAUACUUCUGCUUCGCUCUUCUGGUCCUAUUUUAGAGUUGGGAUGCAGCCGAGUGUCUCCUAGUGGCAAUCAUUCCACAAGCUGAUGGCGUGCGAGCACUUACUGCCUUCAUGUGCAUUGUUCCCUACUUCUGUUUUGCCCUCCUCUUGCUGUUCUGUGAGGCUAACCAAUCCGGUUCCCUCUUGGUCAAUGUACCUAAAAUAAUAUUUUAAUGGUUUGGUGGUCUAGCCUACUGUGUGGUGGUAACUUCGAUUAA